AUAUGUUUUGUUUACUGCCAGUGUUGCGAAGUUGUAUAUUGUAUUCAGGUUUUAUCCGUAUUAUUCUUUAUUUUAUAGACAAGAUGACGAAAAUGAACUAAAUCGUUAACUUAACUAAUCUACUCAACAGUAGUAAUGGAAGUAUAAUAAGGUUCAUUAGCUCUGUUGUUAGCCUGAAUACGUUUAGCCUCGUUUACGUCACAUGUGGCGAUGUAGUGCGUAUUACUAUUACCGUCAUUUUGUUCAGAUUGGGAUUUAGCAGCCUAUGUAUGUACAAAUAUAUAUGGAGGAUUUUUCUAAGUGUUUCGUCUUUGACAUUAAUCAACUUGUUUGUUUUUUAACAUACGUUUCUGCCAGAAUGUUUCAUGUCAUUGAAACUUGUGAAACCUCUUAAGUCUCAAAAUAUUUGAUCUUUGGACCUUGUGAAACAACCCUCUCCUUUUUUUUUUCUUUUGAUAAGUCAGAUUUUAUUGUGGAUGUUAACGUAGUUGAAAUAUGAAGCUAUAUUUAGUAACUAGUCAAAUAUUAAAAGUAUAGGUCGUUUGCGAAUAAAGCUUGACACUUUUAGGAAUGUUAUUGGUGAAAUAUCUGAAUGCUAAAAGUAAAAUUAAUGGGAGUGUUAUAUAACUUUCCUAUUACAGUGUUUUCAUAUUUUCAAGCAGCAUAAUGAGUGGUCUUGAUGAAUUUCGUAAUCAAUGGCUUCAAGAACUAAAGCCAGUUGCAGAGUAUACAAAUCCCAAUGGAAUUAGUAAAAGCAGUGGAUCAACUAGUGCUACUGCUGUUGAUAAAGAACCAGGAAAAGAUGUAGGAAACAUUGAAAUUUACUUAGAUCCACUCAAAAACAGUUUUGUAGCAGCAGAAAACAGUAAAGCUGGUACAAACAGGCCUGAUAGUGAUACAUCAUUUCAGGCUUUAAAUGUAGGUUUUGAUCCAAACACAAUUAAAAGAACAAUGAAAGAUCCAAUUUCUAACCAAAGUUUUGACAAACAUAAUUUAUCAACAAGAUCUGUGUCAGAUAUUAACUACAUUGAUAAAUUUGGUGACAAGAGGCCCUGGGCAUUUUAUAUAACAGAACAGCUGCUUCAAGGUAAAGUUCCGUGCAACAGCAAGUUAUUUCAAUCCAAGGAAAAUAAUAUAAAUGAGAAUGCUUACGAAAGUAUUGACAAAUGGUACAAAACCAUUUGUGAUCAGUCGACUGUUAAUAAAAGAUCUGCACUUUCUGUUAUAACACAUGAUGUACCCAAAAAAACUAAGAAGGAUGCUUUUGGGAAGGACUGUCUGAUUGAUGUUUUAAUUCAUGAUUUGGAUGAUAUCAAUGAUAUUCCAUUUUUUGACAUUACAUUACCUAAGGAAGUUGCUAUCAAAAUUUUCCAGUGCUUGGGCAUUGAAGAUUUGUGUUCCUGUGCUCAGGUCAGCAAGAGUUGGCGGAGUAUUGCUGAAGAUGAUCUUCUCUGGUAUAGGUUGUAUUGUUAUUCUGGAUAUGGGAAUGAUACUACAGCUCCAGUUCAUUCUGUACAGAACUGGAAAGGUUUUCUGAGGGAUACCAUUGUAAGAGAGCAAACACUUCGACAGAAUUGGAAGAACAGAAUUGGUCGGCUGUAUGAGUUGGAAGAUUCUCGAGCAGGCAUUCUUUGUUCUGCUUAUUCCUGUCCAGGAUUUAUUGUUACAGGCUAUUAUGGAGGAAGGCUUAAUCUGUGGAGACUGCGAGAAGAUGGAAUUGAUGAUUAUCUAACUAUAUUGGAUCCUGAUCAUGAUUCACGUUCUAGAGGUUUGGGCAGUGUCACAUGUGUUGCAGUUAACCAAGACUUUGUUGUGGCAGGGUUUGAUCAUGGUUUAGUUUAUACCCCAAUCUCAGACAUUGCUAGCAAGACAGUAUUACCAUCAGAAGCUCCUGUGACAGUGGUGAAAAUGUUUGAGAAAGGAUGUAUUUUUGCUGCUUCUAGUUCCAGCAGAGUACAAGUUUUCAGUCCAAACUUUGAAGAGAGAUCUUUAACUCUGCAACAUGAAACAAAGGUUGGUCAUCUUAGUGUAUCAUCUCUCUCAAACUCUGAAGCUUUUGGGGUUGCUGUCGCUACAGACACAGUUAUCAGAAUGCACAGAUGUAGCUCUAAGGAAGACAUAUCAUAUGUUCUUCACCAUCUGAUUGGAUCAACUGUAACGUGCUUGGACAGUUGUGGUGAGGUCUUGGGAGCAGGAAUUACAGAUAGAACAGCUGUAAAUGUCUUUCAGAUUCCUUUAUACUCGCUCACUGAUGGCCACCUGAUAGGAAAUUUAGCUAGCCACACAAGUGCUGUUUUGUGUCUUGAUUUGCAUAAUACCCCUGUUCAUUUGAUAGCUUCUGGUUGUAGGGACAAAAGGGCAAGAGUGUUUGAUAUGCGAACUCUUAAGGCUGAAAUCAGCAUCAGUGCUCACUCCCGAGGUGUUUCACAGAUCCAGAUGGAUGAAAACCGCCUGGUAACUGGAGGAGAAGAUGGUUUUGUGUGUGUCUGGGAUCUACGUACAAGAGCUAAGUUGUGGGAAAUGAGAAAUAGACAUCCAGUGAAAUACUUAAGAUGUGAAAAAACAACACUGGUUACAGCAAAUAUUCCUGAUGAAAAGUGUCCUGAACCAGAAGAUGGAGAGCUUGUGGUGCAUAGAAGGCAACGAGGAACUGUCCGUGUGUAUGAUUUCUCAGCUGAUCAACAAACAAAGGGUGUUCCAUCUAUUUGUUUAUCAUCAUACAAUGAACCUACUGGUUACAAUUAUAACAUCCGUUUAGCCGUACCCUAUGAUGAAAUUCGUGGAUUUUGUUCAUAAAAAUGAUAAAUUAAAUCUUCACUUUUUAUUCUGAUGUGUAAGCCUUGUACAUUAUUUACAGAUUCACGUCAUUUCUAGAAACACAAUGUAAUGGUGGGUAUACUUUUGUACUUUCACUAUAUCGUUUUUAAUAGGGUUGUUGAUACACAGAGUUAUUCAUCAGUCACACCCGUGUGGUAGUACAUGAAAGUGGUGAACUGUAACAUCAUUAAUGUAUAUAUUUCCCACUUACUACAAAAAUUAUAAUAAAAUCUAAGUUUUGUGGUUAGUGGGCAACAUACUUUUCAAGUACUUCUGUGGUAAUCCCAUUUUAUGUUGGGCAACAUACUUUUCAAGUACUUUUGUGCUAAUCCUAUUUUAUGUAUUUUCAACAAACAGGAUUGAACCUGUAAGCUCUCAGACCUUUUAUAACAACUCAAACUACCAGUUUAAUUUUUUCCCCUCAAUUUACAGUUGAACCCAACACAUCCUAUAUGCCAAGUGAGUAGUGCUCCACUGACUGAGCUAAAGUGUUAAUCCACUAUUAAUUGCUCAUAAAUAACUUUUUUAAUAUCUUAAAAAGGCCACAUUCUUCCCCUCUCAUAAACAAGUCUCAUCAUCAGACCUCACGUCACAGUCAUGGGAUGGACCCAGGUUGAGCAACAGCUGUUCUGGAGUAAUUUCAGUUUCAUUUAUUAUUUGUGUCAGAGUCAAACCCAAGACCUCUUGCCCACCAGAUAAGUACUCUACAAACUGAGCUACAGGGCUAACCCCAGAGUGUUUGCUAAUCAGGCACGUUUUGAUAACUCGUACUACCCUUUUGAAUAUUCCUGUAUUUUGCAUUGUUGAAUAAAAACAGAUGAAUUAUACUCAA